UUGUCAUUAUGUGACGUCAUUAUGGCCUGGUUGGGUUAGGUUUGAUUGGAAAUUUUUGUUAAAAUCUUGUAUUUUAUUAUAUUAGAUGUUGUGCUACUUAAUUUAGAUUAGUAAUAUAAAUACCUCAUAAAGUAGCGGUAAUUUUAGUGCCAAGAUUAGUGUGAUUCAGCGGCGUUUCUUGGCGAAAAUGAAUCGCCAUGAAGGUAGGAGUCAGCUGUGAUUCUUGUUUGAAAAAUAACUUUAGAGGACGACGAUACAAAUGUUUGAUUUGCAUCGAUUACGACUUGUGUGCUGCAUGCUAUGAGUCUGGUGCCACCACAAAUCAACAUACCACUGAGCAUCCAAUGCAGUGUAUACUUUCCCGAAGCGAUUUUGAUCUCUACUAUGGCGGAGAGGCUUUGGCAUUGGAACAACCUCAAGCCUAUACAUGUCCAUUUUGCAAUAGAAUGGGCUUCACAGAUACAGGUUUAAUGGAACAUGUCACUUCCGACCAUAAUGACACCACCGUGGCUGUGGUGUGUCCAGUUUGUGCUUCUAUGCCUGGAGGAGAGCCUAAUUUUGUUACAGAUGACUUUGCUGGCCAUCUCACUCUUGAACACCGAAGUGGACCUAGGGAUCUUAUCUCAUUUCUUGAUGAACCGAGUGGUAUAAGACACGGCGGAGUACGUCGUAUGCCGGCUUCCGGACGUGGCUUCCAUCGUCCUAGGCGCAAUAUGCAAUUCAGCAGCGGCGGUAUAUCGUCUCUCUCCCCGUCGUCCCGUGAUGCGGUAGUGGAUCCAAUUGCAGAAUUGCUCUCCCAGUUGUCUGGCGUACGGCGUGUGGCCGGUCAGCCCAACACGCCUAGUCAGUUACAACAACUGCAGAUGCAAUUGCAGCUUGAAAGGCAGCAGCAUGCGGCUCGGCAACAGCUAGAACGUCUCCCGCGUCGGCCAGCAAUGGCAUCGUCGAGCGCGAGCAAUUCUGCGCCGGCCACAGCGCAGCCGCCCUCACAGCCGCAGCCAACUGACAACACUGACUCGCAGUUCUUGCUCUCUGGAUUUCUAGGCGGCGCCGAGACCAGUGAAAGCGGUGAGGCAUCGUGCCGCGCGGCGUUGAUCCGUGGUCUGUUAAUGGCGUCGCUGGGCCGUGCGCCACCCACAACAGCCCCCCCGAGGCCGGCACAGCCCACGCCUCGCGCUGAACUCGAUGCCGCCCCGCCGCCCGCUCAGCCUCCCGAUACUCCCCGGCCCCAGCUGGCCGCCCCGGCGCAGCCUGUUCCGCGCGCCAAGCCACAACCACGCACAAAGGAGGCGGUUGCUCGUACCCACGGAGCAGCGAGGCAAAUGCCGGAGGGGAGGUAGGAGCGCGCCCGCCCAGCGCCGCCGCUCCCGCCCCUUUACCGCCCUGCCCUGCCCUGACCCGCCCUGACACAGGCAGGACAUUCCGGAACGUCUUACUCAAAUCCAGUGGGGCUAUUGUGUUAAUCAGUUAGACGAAUUCCGAUGGAUUCACUCUAUGCUGUGUUGCCAUUGGACAAAGAUGUUCAAUGGCUGCACAUUAUGAGAUGAAUUUUCUAGUGAAUUCAAUAAGAAUUAACAGGAUGCUGUUUUAGCAGUGUGUUUUUCUCUAUGGAGUUUGAGAUAUUGACAGAUUUGAGUAUGUUUUGCAAUGUGCCACAACGCUCCCUGAUCUAAUCGGACCAUAGAGAAGACAACACGUUCAAAGGGGUAUUCAACGCUAGUUUUAGAAUUGUAAGAACAGAGAAAUUUAUUUGAUGCAAGUUGCAGACAUUUUAAGACUGGUGUGACAAAUGUCCCGUUCAAUUGACAGACUAAAUUUUUUUCAGCUACUUUAGAUUUUUGAAGAUAAUGUUUUAAAAUUCCCUAAAUUUAUAAAACUAACUAUGAUUCGGAAAAUGCUUUUAAUGUUAUAUUAUGUAUUUAAUUUGUCUCAUACUGGUAUGUCCGCAAAGUUAGAUUUUUAGAAUUUGAUUGAUACAUUGACUGUACUGAUAAUGGAAGUUGUCUGCCUACUGGUCUGGAAUGGGAUGGGAGACAUUGAGCAAUGCUCAAUUUGAAUAGAAAUGGGUAUUAGGGCAUUUCCUCACAAUAUUUGCACCUUUAUUGUAUAGCAGAAAGGUAUUCGAAAGCUAUUUAUUUUAGGAUAUAUAUAAUUUGACGUAUUUUUUUGUCAGUGAAUUCUAUGCAUGUAAAUUAGGAAAUAUACAAUACAGGUGCAAGCUUAGAGCUGUGAACCAAAAUCCGUCGUAAAAUAUACAGAGAAGUGGCAAUUAGUAAGCAGUUGGUGUCGUUAUUCCCAUGUAGUAUUGGGAAAGGCAGUUAAGGUGGGUGAGUGCCGUCAGGGCAGACUAAGGGCGUAAGGACCGAUCUGGGCCUCGCCACGGGAGCUGUCCGUUGUAAAUAGGGAGUUAGGGAGUCACGGGUCAGACCGGUGACGCGUCUCCGGAUUCUUUGUUGUUUUUCGCUAACACUUAUUAGUGAACGCUUCGUUAUGUUCGUUUUGUUGGCUUUCAAAAUAUCAGUGUGAUUUCCUUUAUUAGAGUAAAUAGUUAUGGAAUGUUUUAAUCGAUUUAUAAAAUAAGAACGAACAUUAGGUACGAUCACGUUAAUAAAAUAAGGAGGAGUCUUCACAAACAAUUUAAGGUAACGCUUUUGUAUAUAACACUGUUGAAAACCGACUGCAGUAUUUUUUUCUCAUAUGGGUUAAAAUAUUCAUAUUAUUGUAAUUAGAAUUAAACAUAGAUGUAUUUUUAUAACAGCAUAGUUCAAGCAUCGCUAAUUUAACACUGACUCCUCUCUUAAUAUAAUUAUUAUAAUUAUUGAACAGAUGUGAAACUACUUACACUCAAAUUUUCACUAGCUAUGAAAGUGCUUAUUAGUUUGAUCAUUAUACUCCAACAUUACAAAAUGUUUGUAUGUACCCUAAUUAAAUUCUAUAAUAAUAUUA